AGAAUCAAACGGAGACGACGACGACGACCGACGACAAUGCGGGACUCCGCCGCCUGGCGCCCUCGAGCUCCCUACUCGUCCUGCGUGGUGUGCGGCCUCCUGGCACCAUGCAGGAGGGCGCUCGCGCGGCUCCUCCGCGUCCCGGCGUCCGCCGCGCUGUCCGUCAGGGCCUUCCGGUUCCGCACCCUCCGCAGGGCCGCCUCCAAGAUGAGCCCGCGCCGCCACCGCCGCCGACGACGACGACGGGCGUUCCGGUCGGUCCGCGCGGUGUUCUGGCCGCUCGUACCGGCGCCGCCGCCGCCGGCUGCUGCAACCUCCACUGAUCAGGGCGAGAGCGCCGGCGCCGGCGCCACCGCGCGGAGGGUAGCAGUAGCACCAGAGGAGGAAGAGGCGGUGCCCGCGCCGCUGCCGUCGCCGGAGACGCCGGCGUACGUGAAGAUGGUGGCGCGGCUGCGGUCAAGGAGGAGCGGCGGGGAGGAGGAGGAGGGGGCGUGCCGGAGCUUCGAGAGCCGGCUGAUGGAGAUGCUGCUGGAGGAGGGGAAGGUGAGGGACCUGCAGGACGUGGAGGAGCUCCUCCGGUGCUGGGAGCGGCUCAAGUCGCCGGUCUUCGUCGAUCUAGUCUGCAGGUUCUACGGCGAGCUGUGCAAGGACCUCUUCUCCCCGGAGGAGGACGCCGGCGGCGACCACGAGGGCAUGCACCUCGCCCACACCGCGGCUGGUGGCGGCGGCUUAAGUAGUUAGGAUGAUCGUGGUGAUACAUCAGAAAGCACCUAAUGGUGUCUAUAAAGUGAAUGAUUUUUCUAUUUAUUAUUAUAUUUUUCAACCUUUUAUAAUAUACUUUCUAUGU